ACGUAGCAAUGGCAAGCACGUCAGGGGCGCUUGUCGACGACAACGUCCUCGAAGUGCUCCGCAAAGCACAGUUGGACGCAUUUAUUAGUCAGUUUGUCUUCUUAUUCAACGUCAGAAGGUUUGAUCACUUUUCACAUGUUCGAGAUAAAGAUAUGCUGGAAAUUGGUAUGCAACAAGUUCAAAUUCGGCAGCUCCGAGAGCAGAUUCUCAAAAUGUCCAGAGAAAUGUGGAAUCGGAGUGAUCCGAAGCAAGUGUACAUUCAAGCCGAUCAGUCGAUGCCAGCACAAAAUUCGAUUGACGAGAAAGCACUGAUUCCAAAUGAGCAGAUUAAACUGUACGAGUUGAUUGGCGAGGGCUCUUUUGCUGUGGUGAAGCGUGGUACGUGGACACAGAGCAAUGGGACGCAUGUGAAUGUCGCUGUCAAAAUUCUCCGCGACAUUUCUCCAAAUAUUAUGGAUGAUUUGAGAGUGGAAGCCAGUCAUUUGCUCAAGCUCCAGCACCCGUCUUUGAUUCGCCUUUACGGAAUUGUUCGCCAGCCAGCGAUGAUGGUGUUUGAACUCUGUGAAGGUGGUUCACUGCUCGACAGACUACGAGAUGACAAAAAGGCAAUUCUUCUGGUGUCACGGCUUCAUGACUAUUGUAUGCAAAUUGCGAAGGCUUUGCAGUUUUUGGAGUCAAAACACUGUGUACACAGAGAUGUGGCAGCAAGGAAUAUUUUGUUGGCUAGAGACGAAAGGACAGUCAAGAUCUGUGAUUUUGGACUCAUGCGAGCACUAAAAGAAAAUGAGCAAAUGUACACUAUGGCUCCACAAAAGAAAGUCCCAUUUGCCUGGUGCCCUCCGGAAGCACUUCGUCAUCGCAAGUUCUCUCAUGCUUCCGACGUCUGGUCGUACGGAGUCACCAUCUGGGAGGUGUUCACAUUUGGCGAGGAGCCAUGGGUCGGCUGUCGAGCCAUCGAUGUGCUCAAAAACAUUGACGCCGGCGAGAGGCUGGAGAAGCCCAAGUACUGCUCGGAGCGAAUUUAUCAAAUCAUGAAGAAUUGUUGGAAAUUCAAUCCGGCAGAGCGAUGCAAAUUUGGUGCAAUUCGAGAGGACUUGGUGGCGGCCAUGUUUUUGGAUGCAGUGGCAAGGGAGACGUACAACUCUAUUCAACCGGGCGCACUACAAUUGACAAAAGGGGAUGAAGUUGUUGUGGUGGAGAACACAGGCCAAGACUGGUUUGGUCAGAACAAGAAGAACCAAAAGUUUGGCACAUUCCCCCGAUCAGUUGUGUUUGCGCAGACGAACAACGCGGUUGCGGCAGCGACGGCGGUUACCCCACAGAAAGUUCCAACGGCGCCAACGAUCAGAAUUCCACCGUCACACCCACCCCCAGCCCCGCUGAAACCAUUGAACAAUAAUACGAAAACUUCGCUGAACGACCGCACGUCAAAAAUUUCAAUGCCUGUGGCAGGUUCUUUCAUCCAUACCGGUCACGGAGACCCACUAGGAGGCCAAUCAUGGGGUAACCCAGCUACGAUUGCGGACAUGUAUCUCAAGAAUCCAGUGAACGGCGCUCCAUUGUCUAGUAUGUCGAGUGGUGCGGAAAUUAUCGCCAGUAAGGAGUUGCUCACCAAUGGCGGCCGGAGCACACACCAACCUGCUGCUCCAUCGCCUGCCGUCAUGUCCAAGAUUCGAGGUCUUUCGCUUGAUUUGCCAGAAUAUGAUGAUUUCGAUCGAGCAUUCGAUGAUGGGUUUUCUCCGUCGAAGAUCGAGCUGCCCAGAGAGUUUUGUGGCAAUGACAGCGUAAUCAGUGGUGGGUCGAACAGCAUCGGCUUGGCUAACACUUAUGUCAUGGAACCGCCCAAGCAGGCAUUUGAUAUUCGAGGAAAUCGAGUGCUCCCGCCAACGAACAAGGCGCCUGUGCUCAUUCCAACUAACCCGGCGCCAAGUGUCAUCUCGAGCACAGCUUCUGCAGGAAUCACACUUUCUACGAACAGUUCUCAGAUGUUUACCAGUCAAGACCGCCAUUCGAAUAUGCCCGCAAAUCUUUUCCCCGAGCUUCAACACCGCCUCAAUCAAGGAAGUUCAACGGGAAAUGGCGUCCGACCUCGGCCAGCUUCCUCGAUUGGAAUUCAAAACAAUGAUUUGAGCAUGCUCAACCCUCAAGUGAAUCGACCAUUUUCUGUUGUGAAUGUUCCUAUUGUGCAGCAACCAGCGAAUAUUCCGUGCCUGGUUCCAACUCCGGCUCCACCAGCUCCAGCACACUUUUCUCAACCGGUGUCUUCCCAGAGAGUUGCACAACAACAACAGAACACUUUGCAAAAAGCGCUGAACGAUGAACUCAAAGGAAAUCUGAACAAAAGACCUACUGGCACGACGGCACCACCGUCAAAUGGGUUCAAUGCUCCACGAGCAGACGUUGCACCGGUCCAACAGCGACCGAUCUCAUCGGCAUCUAUUCCAGCGCUCCAACCACAACCCAUUCAACACAUUCAGAAGCCUAUCCAACCGCAACAAGUUCGUAUACCGCCAUCAACAGCUCCCGUUCAGAAACCAGUUCAAGUCUCAGCUCCUACCCAUAGUAAUGUGGCACCCACAACUUCAUCUCAAGCGUCUGCAGAUGCACGCAAUCCGCUACCUCCAAAAACAAGCCCACCAGUUAGCAACACGCCUAUCACAGUUGCUCCUGUUCACGCGGCACCAACUACUUCGGCACCAUCAACUUCGGUGGUAACGAGAAGGCCAACUUCAACCACAGCUCAAAUGUCGGACGAGGAGAGACGGUCAAGAAUUGCCAUGGACAUCAGCUCUGCACUUCCAGCUCCCAGUGCUUUGCUCUAUGGAUCUAACUCCACAUCAUCACUUCCGUCAGCGGCAGUGUCUACAGCGUCUUCUGUGCCAUCAACUGCAAGAGACAAUCCAGUGGAAACAAGACCAUCUCAACCUCAUGUUACCAUGCCACCCAAAAAAUCUUCUGAGCCGAUUCUCUCGUCUGAGGUGCUCCAACCAACUCGUCUGCCAUCUGCCACAACUUCGCAGGCAAAACCAGUGACUCAACCAAUCCGUCACCCAUCACCUCCGGUAGCCACUGUUAUACCGACUGCAGUGGUUGACAAAAAGCCAGUUUCACAAAAUCAAGGAAGCAACGUUCCUUUGUUUAACAUUACCAACUCCAGCAACGGGUACCCUCAGUUAAAUGGAUAUCCAAACUAUGGAAACGGUUUUCAGGCGUAUGGUUAUGGAAUGAACUAUCAUCAAGGAUAUCCUGGAUAUCAAGGAUACAAUUCAUAUGGCAACGGAAUGGGGCAGCUUGCACUGACCCACAACGCCGUCACUUCUUUGCCACCGUUGGUUCCAUCAGAGAACAGAUUCUCCGGAACAGCCCAACCACUUGGCGAGUCUGACAUUAUGGAGUUUUUGGGAACACAGCAACGUCAAGCGGGUUCUUCAUCGCGAGCAGUUCCACCUGCAUCUGCAUCCACGUCAGCAGCUUCUGGAAUCACGGAUUUGAGUAUGGCAGAUAAGAUGGAGGUGUUGUAUAGAGAAGCUGAUUUUACGCAUAAAGGAAAUUGUGAUACCAUGGUUUCUCAGUGCAACGGAAACACCGAACAGGCGUUGAAGCUUCUCAAACAACAACACUUGGUGGAUAUGGAACUUGCAAUGUCAACGGAGACCGCCCGACAAGCACUCGAGGCCAGACAGUAUGAUCUCCCUGCAGCCGCCAACAUGUUGCUCGGCUGAGCCAAGAAACUAAUGUAUUAUAGUUGUAUACUUUUUCCGCCUCUCGCUCUCUCACUCAUUUCUGUGAUAAAAUUAUUUGUGUGUGUCUGAACAUUGAAUGUAUAGGCUUUACCAAUGCCCGUCGCCAUUUUACUAGUAGCUUACAUAAUUCGUCAGUGUUUGUAAUUAAAGUGACUCUUUUUUUUUGUUUUCUCAUAUUUAUAUCGGCCACUUCCCCUUCCCCUCACUUUUCUCAGUUAACUGUUGUCAAAAGUACAAGUUGUACUACUUUGCCAUUGAUGUUACCCACUUUUUUAAUGCCUAUGAAACGAAUUUU